AUGUCCAAUAACGGUGCUCCGGACUCCUGGGAAAAUCAAGUCGAUGUUAUAAGUGAACAAGGUGCAAAAGAUUCCGACGAUGUGUCUACAAAAUUUUCCACGUUGAACGUUAAUGCCGUGGAAUUCGUGCCUUCUUUUUGUAAGUCUUCUUCGGCCGAUGAUGCCGAAUCCCCCACUACACCACAAAAAUCUGAAAGCGACUCAACAAAUUCUACCGAGAGUCCUGUCUUAAACGGUUGUGGAGAUGGUGGUGCUGAAAGUGGGGAUGGAGGAGCGGCGUCAGCUUCCCCUAGAGUGGAGGAACCGCCGCCUGUGCCACCUGCUACUGCAUCACCGCCUGCUGCUGCUACAGGUGCAUUACCUGUGCCCACUGAUGUCUCACCUACUGCUGACAGCUGGGAAGCUGAAGCUGAUGAUGCAUUACUCACCCCAGAAGAAAAUAAUGAGCCUGAUGAUGAGGAAAUUGAACAACAAGAGGAUGGUGAAUUAACCAAGAAAAUCCCCAAGAAAAAGCCACCUCGUGUUGAAGACACUUGCAGCAAAAAGGAACAUGUAAAUGUUGUAUUCAUAGGACAUGUGGAUGCUGGCAAAUCUACUAUUGGUGGUCAAAUAAUGUCACUAACUGGUAUGGUGGACAAAAGAACGUUGGAAAAAUAUGAAAGAGAAGCACGAGAGAAAUCUAGAGAAUCAUGGUAUUUGUCUUGGGCACUCGAUACUAAUCAGGAAGAACGUGAUAAGGGAAAGACAGUAGAGGUUGGCAGAGCCUACUUCGAGACUGACAAAAAGCAUUUUACAAUUCUUGAUGCUCCUGGCCACAAAAGCUUUGUACCAAAUAUGAUUGGUGGUGCUGCACAGGCAGAUUUAGCUGUCUUGGUAAUUUCUGCUCGUAAAGGUGAAUUUGAAACUGGUUUUGAUAGAGGGGGACAAACUCGUGAGCAUGCUAUGUUAGCUAAAACUGCUGGUGUAAAACAUUUGGUUGCACUUGUCAACAAGAUGGAUGAUCCAACUGUCAACUGGGAUGAAAAGAGAUAUAAUGAAUGUCGAGACAAAAUCAUGCCUUACCUCAAGAAACUUGGAUUUAAUCCAGCAAAAGACCUGUCUUUCUUACCUGUUUCUGGUCAAACUGGACAAGGUCUAUUGGAAAGAGUAACUGAAGAAAUCUGUCCGUGGUACCGCGGUCCAUCGUUUAUCCAACUUAUUGAUGAACUGCCAUCUCUGAACCGCAAAAUGGAUGGCCCCUUUAUUAUGCCCGUUGUCGACAAAUAUAAAGACAUGGGUACCGUCCUCAUGGGAAAAGUUGAAGCAGGAGUUACCAGAAAGGGUCAAACUCUUUUCCUAAUGCCCAACAGAGUCCAAGUUACUGUAGACCAAUUAUGGUCUGAUGAUAUUGAAGUAACAUCUAUUGGUCCUGGUGAAAAUGUCAAAGUUAAGCUCAAAGGCAUAGAAGAGGAAGAUGUUUCCCCUGGUUUUGUUCUAUGUGACACUGCUGAACCCAUCACUACUGGAAGGGUAUUUGAUGCUCAAGUUGUAAUCCUGGAACACAAAUCUAUAAUUUGCGCAGGAUAUUCUGCUGUAAUGCACAUACAUUGUGCUGCUGAAGAAGUCACUGUUAAGGCUCUUAUAUGUUUGGUGGACAAGAAGACUGGUGAAAAAUCAAAGACGAGACCGCGUUUCGUAAAACAGGACCAAGUCGCUAUCAUGAGGAUAGAGUGCGCGGGAGUCAUCUGCUUAGAACCCUUUAAGAAGUUUGCCCAAAUGGGCAGAUUCACAUUAAGAGACGAAAAUAAAACUAUCGCAAUCGGAAAAGUUCUAAAAGUGGUUGAAUAA